AUACUUAAUAGAAAAAACAAACGAACGGUGGAAUCGAAAUUAGAAGAAUGUAUAUAACCUCAAAUUGCACCAAUUAAACAAAAAUUUAACGCCUAUCGGCAAUCCAAUUCGAUAGAGAAGAACGGACAAUAAUAAACCGACUCCAAGGAGAGGUCUCCAAGCAUGACCCUGACUUGCUAAUAAAUUUUUGUACAGUAGAUAAUAAAAAGCUAUAGCUAAUAGUAUAUAGUUUUAAGGGUAGAUGGUUUAUCAUUUAUAAAAUAUACACAUUGUAAAUGACUACUGUGUAGCAUAAAAAACAUAGUCAUUUGAAGGACGCAAAGACUGUCGUAAGGCAGUCUUCCAACAGGUAGAAGUGUGGAUCGCUCGUGUAUACGUUAAUUCGAGUCAUACGGAAAUUUUUAUAUAAAACAUAUAUAACGUAUAAAAGAAUAAAAUAUGUCGAUCGAUACUUCGUUUUAUAAUAAUGUGUUUCUACUUAUGCAAGUUGUGCCAGCAUCGUUCGAAUGUACCAAACACUUGAGAAAGGGAAUGUUUGAUAAGCCUAAUUCUUCUGGUUUCAUUCAUGUCUCGCAUUACUUGUUGUCCGUGCAUAAUUCGAAGGAAUUUAAAAAAAUGGUUAACUGGCCGAUAAUGAACAAAGUGGAUGAAAAACGAUAUCGUGCAGAAAUAAAAAAUUAUUUAGAGAUUUUAGCUAACGAAAAUCCUGAUAUAGAAUUUCCACAAAUACUCAUAUCUCGAUUAUUUCACGCAACAGGAACGAAAUUCUUGAAUAUUAUGUGGAAAAUAUCAGUAAUUAGCCUUAGAGCUUACCUUAGUAGACAAAAUGAUACAACAUUAUUACAGCCUCCAAAAGCAGGGAUCAACUACAAUAUAACUAAAACUUUCUUAAUCAAUAUAAAUCGAAGACAUAACAUUAAUAUUUUUAAGUUUCACAAAAAGAUACAACUUAUUUCAAAAGAUUUUGAACACUAUAUGCAAAACACAAGUGAUCAUUUAAAAACUGUACAAACUGAUAUCUUUAAUACAAUGGAAACAAUAGAAAAAUGGAUACCUAUGGCUCCAGUUAGCCCAUUAAUUCUAGCAGAAUUAAGAAAUAUUGAAAACUCAGACAUUAUAAACAUGUGGAAAACAAAUAUUAAAGAUAAUAUUAAGUAUCUUCAAAACAUCAAAUCAAAUUUAAACAAACUGAAAAUUCUUAGUAAUACAUUAGACAAUUUAAGUACGAAUUUAUUUGUUGAUUGUAAAAUUUUUCAUGGUAAAGAUUUUACAAAUAUGAAUACUGGAAUAGUACCUCUGUGUUUUGGUAACAACAUACAGCACAUUAACAAAGGAUUAUAUAAGAAUGGCUGCUUAAUACUUCACACUCUAUUGUUAAUAUUCAAUAAAACAUUAAAGCAUAUGGAAUAUUGCCUAACAGUAAAUAUUCCAAUAGACUUAUCAAACUACGAAUCAACAAUUUUCGAGCACUGUCAAAAGCUAAAAUCCAUGGAAGAAUCAUUUCAAAAACUGGAAUUCAAAGUUUCCAAUAAGUUACAUGAUGUACAAUGUCAUACUUUACAAGAGAAAUCUUUAAACUAUACUAUGGAAACAGAUUUCUUUAAUUUGAUGAGUGAAAAAAUAUUGUACACUUCACCAGAACUGAACUUUUCUAUUAAUGUAUGCAAAGGAGAUGAAAAAUUAUACAAAAGAUUAUGCUUUUCACCAUUGAAAGGUAAAUACAAUCAUUUGUUUAAAAGGCAUCCACUUAAUAGACAGUAUAAAACAGUUUCACCUAACCAAUCACCAGUAAACGAUCAAUUUAAUAACAGUCUGGAAAAUGUUAUGCAGACUUGGAACUCUCCUAAGAGACAAUUAUUAACAUGUAACCAGAAAACUCCUAAUAAAAGAGAGAUGUCUCCAAUAUAUACACGAUUGUUUAGUCCAAGCAGUUCAAAGCAAAAUAAUUUUAAGGGUAAUAAUGCAGCAUCUACUCCAAUGAGAUCACAAAUAGUCGAAACACCAAAGAGAUCCAAAACUCAAAGCAUGAAACUUGAAUCUGUGAAUGUAAAUGAUACAAUGAAAGACAUUUUUGAUCUUUCAUGUAAAAUUACGAAGCUCGUAGAAUCUUUACCCACACCGAGUAUGUAACAUCGAUUUAAGAGAAAAGUAAAAUAAAUCUAUGUAUGCACAUAUUAGGCGAAUAAAAAUGAUAUUUUCGACUAUAAUGAUCUUAUUUCUUACAUGUUUUUUGAUUAUCGAUAAUCCUCGUGUUUGCACAGUUAUAACAACUGUGAUUAAACGUAACAAUGAUUAAAUAUUAAAUAUUUAUGCAAGAAUUGCAUCUAUUACAUCACACGAAACAUAGGUAUUAACAUAUUUUUGCGUGUGAAGUUUUAUGUAACUUUGGAAAUGAGAGAUAAUGCUUUAUAAUAUAUAGGUUAUUGUACUUGUUAUAGGUUAUUAUUCGUUGAAUACAUAUUACAUUUUGAUACGUUUGAAGAUAAAAGUACUGUUUACAUACAAUGGUAUAAUAAUAACAGUUUUGUGAUGAAAAUUCAUAGAGAUAUUAAAUAAAUAAUAUAAAUAGUAAAAAGGUUUUUAGUAGUGGAAUAGUUUUCUAUUUUGAACGCUAGAUGAUGCUAUCGAUACUUUUGAAUCAAUUAUUCUUUAUUUUUCAUAAAUACAUAAUUAAUACGAUUCUUUGCCUUAAAAUACUACAGUAUAUUAUUUUAAUAUAUUAUGUAAACAUUUAUCAGCUUUUAUAUAUGUAUCUGGGCCUAAGUAUCGACCACUGGUACUAAAACCAAUAAUAAAGUUCAGUGCUUGCUACCAGUAGUAACCGCCAUAUUUGCUCACCCGCUCACGGAGUGCUUAGUGAGCGGUGCUUGUCUAUAUGCACAUUUUAUUUGAUAUUCUUGUUAUCGCAAAAUAUUACGUUAGAUAGUGUUAUUUAAGAUUUAGAUGAGUUGUGCUUCCAUAUAUAAACACGCGUGUGUUUAACUUGACCGAGCUUCUCUUCUAGCUUUGCUGACAUAGACGUGCAUUCCAUUUUUGGCGCGAAACCCGCAUAGCAUUUUCGAUGAUUUUUGUAUCGUUCAAAGAGUAGCUCGUAGUUUUGAAUAAAUUGUUUUGUUAUC